AUGGAAGGAAAUAAUGGGGAUGCAGAACGAGACCGCGGCCUAGCCGUAGAACACAGUGCCGCAGAAGGUGAUGGAGAUAGAGCUAGGUACAGCAUGAUGGUGCGGUGCGCGUCGCAGUCGUCGCUGGACGAGUCGUCGCAGCGGCGCGAGGCGGGCGAGGAGGGCGCGGGCGCGCAGCACGCCGCGGCGCUGCUGGACGCGCUCGCGCGCCUGCGCCGCUGCGACGUGCUGUGCGACGUGCGCCUGCAGGCGCAGUGCGGCGCGGCGGGCGCGGCGGGCGGCGCGCGCGGGGAGGGCGUGAGCGCGCACCGCGCCGUGCUGGCCGCGUGCUCGCCGUACUUCCGCGCCAUGUUCACGCAGUUCGACGAGCGCACGCAGGCCACCGUCACCAUACAGGACGUGGAGCCGUACGCGCUUGAAGCUAUAAUAGAUUACGUGUACAACCCGGACUCGCUCGUGAUCACGGAAGACAACGUCCAGAGCGUGCUGUCGGCCGCGUCGCUGCUGCAGGUGUGCGGCGUGCGCGCGCGCUGCUGCGCCUUCCUCGCCGCCGCGCUGUCGCCCGACAACGCGCUCGGCAUCCGCGCCUUCGCCGACCUGCACGCCUGCGCCGACCUCGCCGACUGCGCCGCGCGCUUCGUCGAGCGCCACUUCGUCGAGGUGCUGGAGACGGAGGAGUUCCUCGCGCUCGAGGCGGACACGCUGGCGAGCCUGCUGGACAGCGACCGCCUCACGGUGCCGAACGAGGAGGUCAUACUGGACGCCGUCAUUCGAUGGAUGCAACACGACCCCGAGGCGCGGCGCUCGCGGCUGGGCGCGCUGCUGGAGCACGUGCGGCUGCCGCUGCUGCCGCAGGACGCGCUGGUGGCGCGCGCCGCCGCCGAGCCGCUGGCCAGCGCCGAGCUGCGCGUCAAGGACCUGGUCAUCGAGGCGCUGUCGUUCCACCUGCUGCGCCCGGAGCGCCGCGCCGCCGCCGCCGCGACGUGCGCGCGCGCCCGCCCGCGCCAGCCGCCGCGCUCGCCCAAGGUGCUGCUGGUGGUGGGCGGGCAGGCGCCGAAGGCCAUCCGCGACGUGGAGGCCUUCCACAUGGAGAGCGGGCGCUGGCGCCCCGCCUCCGACCUGCCCACGCGCCGCUGCCGCGCCGGGCUGGCGGUGGUGGGCGCGCGCCUGUACGCCGUGGGCGGGUUCAACGGUACCCUGCGCGUGCGCAGCGUGGACGUCUACGACGUGGCCUCGGACACCUGGGCGCCGGGCCCGCCGCUGUGCGCGCGCCGCUCCACACUGGGCGUGGCCGUCAUCGGGAACGUCAUCUACGCCGUGGGUGGGUUCGACGGCGCCACGGGGCUGAGCUCGGCCGAGGCGAUGGACGUGCGCGAGGGCGUGUGGCGGCCCAUCGCCGGCAUGAGCACGCGCCGCUCGUCCGUGGGCGUGGCCGUGCUGGACGGCAAGCUGUACGCCGUGGGCGGCUACGACGGCGCCUCGCGCCAGUGCCUGCACACCGUGGAGCGCUACGACCCCGCGGCCGACGCCUGGGAGCCGGCCGCCGACAUGGGCGCGCGCCGCUCGGGCGCCGGCGUGGGCGUGGCGGGCGGCGCGCUGUACGCCGUGGGCGGCCACGACGGGCCCGCCGUGCGCCGCUCCGUGGAGCGCUACCGGCCCAGCGAGGGCUGGGCGCCGGCCGCGCCCAUGGCGCACGCGCGCCGCAACGCCGGCGUGGCGGCGCACCACGGCAAGCUGUACGUGGUGGGCGGCGACGACGGCGCCGCCAACCUGGCCACGGUGGAGGUGUUCGACCCGGCGGCCGAGCAGUGGUCGGUGCUGGGCGCCGCCAUGUCCGUGGGCCGCUCGUACGCCGGCGUGGCCGUGGUGGAGCGCGCCGCCUGA